AUGAAAGUUCAAGUGUUUUUGCUGUUGCUGGUGCUCGGAGUGUCUAUGGCGCAAACUCCUGCCGAGCUGGCUGCCUACAAGGAGAAGCAGCAAGCCUGCGUUAAGGAGCUGAAAAUAUCAGACGCGGAAGCGGCGCAGCUGACAACAGAUAAGGAGGUCCCGAGCCCCACAGCGGCUGGCAAAUGUUAUUACAAUUGCCUUUAUAAGCAAUUGGGUCUAGUUGGCGCCGAUGAUAAGCCAAAUAAUCAGGCGAUUAUGAAGUAUACGCAGGCGCGUUUUAGCAAAGCUCCGAUGGACAAAAUCAAAGCCGAGCUAGCGGCCUGCGCCGUGGGAAAUGCCAAGUUUGAAAACAAAUGCGAGUUUAUGCACGGCUUUGAGCAGUGCAUGUCGAAGGCAUUGAAGGCUUAAAUGCAUUAUGCAUGGCACUUUUUGCAUAAAUGAUAAGCGAGAGCGGUCAAUCGGGCAAUG